AGAGGCUGUCCGGCGCCGACAAGAAGAAGCUGCGGCGGGCCGUCAGGGACAAGUUCCCCAGGUGCUCCGACUCCGAUCUCGACGCCCUCCUCCCUCCUAAAUGGCGUUUUCCGGCUCUUUGGCGCGGCGGAUUCGAUUGCGAUGUCGGUUCGGGUCCCCGGGUGUUGGUUUGUAUUGCUGCUGCAUUGAACUCGCGAGGCUUCUUUUAGCUUACUGCUACGCGGUUGCUUUCAGGCGACACUGAACCGAUGAAAGAUGUGGCAGUGCCGAAGAAAAAUUGGAUUUUUACCGAAAAACUGCGUGCCGAGAUGAUGGUUGCAAAGCUUCAAAACCGAGUGCAUGUGUACAGUGUGGAAGGCGAAUUUCCAAUGUUCUUUGACAUUGAUGGAAGAGGCUCGGAAAUAUUUCCUUCAGUCUAUGCUCUUUGGAGAGUCCCUGAAAUUGUACCUGCUUUCCUACUCAAGGGAGGCGAAGUAUCUCGCUUUAUCAUUGGUGGAGCAGAUUUGAUGUUUCCUGGAAUUAGUGUGCCUCCUGAAGGCCUACCUUCAUUUGCAGCGGGGGAGAUAUGGGCAGUUAAAGUCCCUGGCAAUCCUGCUCCAAUAGCUGUGGGAACUACCACAAUGAGUAGCAGUGAAGCCUUGAAAGCUGGUUUACGUGGAAAGGCUUUGAGAAUAACCCAUCACUAUCGGGACCUCCUUUGGGAGACUGCUGAGGGCCGGUUUGCUCCAAAUGCCGGUUUCUUGGAGGAUGUGGUGUUUGAAGACCCUGCUUUCUUAUCAUCUCACCAGGAGUCAACUGCUUGUGAAGGUCAAAGCGAGGUUUCAAAUGAUCAAGAGGAUGGUGCUGAAGAUGAAGACAUGACUGAGUCUGUUAAUGAAAUGAAUCCUGACUCUAUUCAGAUGAGAAAGAUGGAUGGUAGUACUGAAAGUUCAGAUAAAUUAGUUGCAGAUAUUGGUACUUUGACGGUUGCAGAUGAUGUUUCUGCUGAGGGAUCAAAUGUUGAAGACCAGCAUAAUUUCACAUCUGCAGAUGUAGAUGCACUUCUUGACAAAUGCCUCUUGCAAGCCCUGCAUACAACCAUCAAGGACAAAGACCUUCCGAUGCCUGGAAGCACAUUAUGGUCAAACCAUGUAUUGCCUUGUAGGCCUCAAGGUGUCACUCUUGAUAUCAAGAAGUCUUCAUACAAGAAAUUGUCAAAGUGGUUGCAGGCGAAAUCAACUGCCGGACUGGUUUCUGUAAAAGAAGAUAAAUAUAAGAAGGAAGUAGUAUUAUUAGGAGUUAAUCGAAAUCAUCCUGAUUACUCAGCAUUCAGACCAGAAAAACGGCCUGUGGAGAAAAGUGACCAAGUUGGUGAUCAUGCUGCAAAGGAAAGUCAGUCAGAUAAAACUCUUAAUGUGGUGGAGGUCUACAAACCAAGUGUGCAUGUCAAUGCCAUUUUCACUUCUGUAGGAGCUGAUAGGGGAAAACUCUGUACUGCUUCAGAAGCAACUGAUAUUGUAUUUAGAUACGUUGAGCAAGAAAAUCUGGUUAAGCCAACAGACAGGUCCACUGUGGUGUUGGAUGCCAUACUGUGUGAUGCACUGUUUAAAGGAGCCAUAAAGAAAGGAUCAAUGUACCCGUCGGAAAUUCAUAAGAAAGACCUGGGAUCAACAUUCAUUAGCCGCAUGCAACCACAUCACGUAGUUACCAGAGGAAGUGAUUCAGUUGUUCGUAAGGGUGCCUUGAAAGCUAUUCAGAUAAUGACAGAACGAAGGCAGGGUAACAAAAAGGUUACGAGACUAUCUGGUCUCGAAGCAUUUUUAGUGGAUCCAGAAGCAUUGGCAUCGGAGCUGCAGAAGAAAUUUGCCUGUAGCACAACAGUGGCUGAACUACCAGGUAAAAAGGGGUACGAGGUUUUGGUCCAAGGUGGUGUGAUUGAUGAUCUGGCGAGACAUCUGAUUGAACAGUACGGAAUUCCAAAGAGGUAUAUGGAAGUUCUUGAUAAGACAAAGAAAUAAGGAGAGAAUUGGUCAGUCCGCCGUGGCGGUACACUUUACAUGUUGUUCCUUUAUGAAUAAUGUUGCGAAAUGAUGUCUGAGGGUGCACUAUUCUGUGAGAUCAAGCGUCUGUUAACGAGGUCGACCUUCUCUAUUGCCUUGUAAUUUUGGCUUCAUUUCAAUUUCUUUAGAUUUUCAAGUUUGUGGCUUCUGAGUUUUGAUAUGGACAUGGAUUGGAACUAGUAAGUAAAACCAUUUAUGCUCCUGGAGCACCUUAUGGCCA